UAAAUAACACAUUUCACUUCGACACCAUUUGUAGUCUGUGGUAAGAGGUCUAAUCAAAUGUCAACUACGCUGUCAGCUAUCAUUUGUCGACUAUGGCAUUCUACUUCUAAAGUCUAAACUAAAGAAAAUAGAAAUGUAUAUUGUAUCGUAAAGACGUCUUGUUAAGACAGGGAUGUUGUUUUUAUUUUUUUCAGCGAGAUUUAUGUUUACUUUAGAAAACGUAAAGUAAAUAGUGGUUUAUCAUGAACAAAUAUUACACCGCAACGGUUCUUCAAUAGAUAAUAAUUAUCAUAUCAAUAAGGAAAAUCUUUGCAUUAAUGGGGUCCCAUCCAAAGAAAAACUCGGCGGAGUGGUUUAUUGGAAAACUAAACGUAAAUAAUGCUAAAUUGUUAGCAUUUUUUCUUGUUUUAGGCUUUAUAGGAUAUCAUGGAAUAUUACACUUGAGAUAUGGCCCGGAUUCAUGCACUUGGCUACUGUCAUCUGGCAGAUAUAAGGGUGAUCAUGAAUGGCAACCAUAUGGCUGUAUGUUACAUAAAUAUUCCAAGACAGAUGCAAGAAGAUGUUUACGAUACUUAGCAUUCUGGGGCAAAUACAAUAGCUUUGCAUUUAUCGGUGACUCGAGGCUUGAACAAUUGUACGAGCAUUUUAUCAGUGGCCUUAAAACUCGUCUAGAUAUAGAUACAUCAUACUCAACAAUAGACCAGCACACACCCAAUUAUACAUAUGUUGAUAACAAAUUGAGAUUAUCUGUUACUUUUAUAUGGAGUGAUGACAUAUCUAAAACUAUGGUGGAAAAGUUUAGGAUGUGGCAAAUUUCCGACAGACCACCAUCAGUAAUAGUCGCAAGUAGUGGUCUUAAACUCAUCAUCAAUCGAAACAUAACUGAGGCGAAUCUAGAAGAAUACAAGAGAAACUUGACACGUUUAGUUCAACCAAUUGAUGCAUUGGCACUGCGAGGAACACAGGUUCUUUGGAAGUUGUUGGAAAGUGUUGACAUUGCAAAGCUAAAUAAUGAUGUCAAGAUUAAUAACAAUGAUAUUGAUGCAUAUAAUCGGGCAGCUGUUGAGAUACUCCAACACAGUGCCACUAAAAUGUGGAACUCCCCACGUCUGGCAGCAUCAGGGGCGACGUCCCCAGACGGCAUGUCCCUAAGUGCCACAGCCCUACGGCACUCCACUCAAAUACUACUCAACAUGUUCUGCAAUGACCACAUGAACUUCAACGAUGGCACUUGCUGUGCUCAGCCGGAGCCCUGUACUCAGUUGCAGCUGAUGACCUUCGCUCUUUUCUUGCUAUGUGUUAGUGCUGAUGCGAUCAAUAUGGAAAUGGUCGCAGACAAUAAAACAGAAAAUCGAGGGGUACUCGCUUGUGAAUCAGCCGGCAAUUACCAAACCGUCACCAAUGGUGGCUCUGGCGAAGCUCGGAAUGAUAAUGGCAUAUUUCUAUUUGUGCGAUAG